UGUCGGCCAACUAUUGUGCCAAAACUUCCGCAGACAUCACAUCCGUAUUCAAUUACAUGGACCACGUCUUCGUGAUUAAUGACGACCUAUUCUGGACAUUCCACCCGCAGGACCGCUAUAAUCAAAUUUCUUCGCCGCCAAAUAAAGUGAAAAACCGAUUCCCAGUCGAAGAGAUAGGCAUCAAAUCCAUUCAUACGGGACUCGCCAUUGAAUCGGUUCCGCAAACGUGUGACUCGAACGCUGACAAAGAGAUGUGUCUAUUCAACCAAUAUAUGGACCAAACAUUCUUCUUGUUUUACGUGAAGGAGAAGAGUAGUGGACGACAGAUAUACUCAAUGCUAAGAGGAGGUCCUCAAAACAAAAUGGCUUUCGAUGACUAUAUCGGUGGUUACGCCUAUGAACUCAGAGCUAAUCAAUCGGUGGCCCGAAGUUCGUGGCCGGGAGUCGAUUAUCCGUCGCCUCCUAAUCCAAGUGAAAGUGUCCUCAAAUAUAUCGGAAGUUUAUUUGUAAAGAGCGAUAAUAUGAUCGUAAUGUUUGCCCAAAUGGUUGGAAACCAAAACAAAUGUAAAGUGUUUAAGAAGUAUUUGAGUAAACCUUGGGAUACAUGGGAUGCUUCCGAUAGUGAUUAUAUGAAAGACAAUGUACUGGUUUCGCACGCCUUAGUGGUCGGCGCUUUCCGAAAGGGUAACGAUUAUUAUUUGGCGGACAACAAGGGAUCCGCUUAUAAAUUAAAGAAAGAUUUCUUUGACUUGGAAAAGGAGACGUGUUGGAAAAUGUAUUCAAUUUCAAGACUCACAAUAUAUGGGCCAAAGUGUGUGCAAUAUAUGCCCAUAAGGUUUGUCAAAAUAAGAGGCGUUCAAUUGGACCCGAGUUCGCGGACGAGUCCAUGGAUUCGUGUCAAAGGAAAUCCUCAUUUAAAGGCUUGUCUGGUCGACGAGUGCUCUACUGUUCCCCAACUCUUCUCUAAAGCGAUCAAAAUUAAUCCACAAAAGUAUGCAUUUGGUUGUCGUGUGAUCUUAGCUGAAGAGUACGAGAAGACGAUCGAUGGACGACCUCUUCAUAAAUAUAAAUUAAGUGAUUAUAAGUGGUUUCGAUCCGAAGAAAUCGAUACGAAAGUGGACAACAUUUCAAAAGGCUUUCUACACAUCGGAAUCAAACCGAAAGAUAUUGUCAUGAUUUUGGCCGAAACACGACUCGAAUGGUUGCUCUCGUGUCAGGCGCUGAUGAGAAUUGGAUCAAUUGUGGCCACACUUUACGCCACGUUAUCUCCAGACGCCUUCGUUCACGGCAUCAAUGAAACACAAGUCACACAUUUGGUCACUAAUUAUGAUUUGUUGUGUAAAUUGGCUCCAAUUCUCGACAAGUUAUCGGCUGUUAAAUCCAUUGUAUAUAUGGAUGGACCCAAAGAACCCGAUCUCAAGAGUAUGUUCACUGAAGAGCAGAGACAAAGAGUUAGUUUCCAUCCAUUGUCUCAAAUCGAAGAAAUAGGAAAAAAGCAAAAACAUCUGAAAGGCGGGGAACCGAACGCUGAGGACACGGCUGUCAUUAUGUAUACCUCGGGAUCGACUGGUGUUCCCAAAGGAGUGAAUAUAUCGCAUAAAAAUCUGUUGACAGUCAUAAAGGGGUUGAGAUUUUUUGCGGAAGAUUUCAAUUCGGACGAAAUCUACUGCUCUUACCUUCCAUUGGCGCAUAUCUUUGAAUUAACUGUUCAUCUCUUCUUCAUAAGCAAUGGCGUGACCGUCGGUUUUGGAUCUAUUCAUACACUCACUGAUAAGUCGAAUGGACUCAAGAGUGGAACCAAAGGCGACCUGACUUUGCUUAAGCCGACAAUUCUGACAGCCGUUCCCCUCGUAUUAGACAGGAUUCGUAUCGCUAUCGAAGGAGUCGUUAACCGAAAUCCAUUCACAAAACUAUUGUUCAAUUUUUUCUAUCGUCAAAAGGACUUCUGGUCUAAGAGAGGAUCCGAUACUCCUCUAAUCAGUUCAGUAUUUUGUAAGCAAUUUAAGCCCACUUUAGGCGGAAAAGUAAAAUUCAUAGCUAUAGGCGGUGCCCCCCUCUCACCCCAUACGGAGCUAUUUAUUCGCAAUUGCUUUGAUGUGCGAACAGUUAAGGGUUACGGUCUGACAGAGACGUGCGCCGCCUCAACGGUUUCCGAUUUGGACGACCUUAGCGUCGGUUUUGUUGGCGCGCCUCUGGAUUGCGUCCAAAUUAAAUUAGUUGAUUGGGUUGAAGGCAACUAUAGGGUGACCGACACACCCAACCCGAGGGGAGAGUUGAUUAUCGGCGGCCCAACCGUAGCGAAGGGUUACUUCAAAAACGAUAAACUGACUGAAGAGUGCUUUAAGGAAGAGAAUGGCGUCAAAUGGUUCUUCACUGGAGAUAUCGGAGAGAUUGGUCCGAACGGAAACAUCAAAAUCAUUGACAGGAAAAAAGAUAUCAUUAAACUGUCAAAAGGAGAAUACAUAUCGUUAGCAAAAGUGGAAGAAGUUCUCAGGAUGUGUCCAUUUGUGGACAAUCUCUGUGUUUAUGGCCAUCCACUACACGAUUAUUUGAUUGCAUUAAUUACACCGAAUCGCAAAGAAUUGGAUGAAUUGGCAAAGAGUUUGUCCAAAAGUAAUAUGACUUUUGACCAGUUGUGUGACGACAACGAUAUCAUUGCAAAAGUUUUGGAUGUCGUUAGACGAGAGGGAAAACAGUCUAAACUAACAAACAGUGAAAUUCCCAACAAAAUUAAGUUAUGCGCCGAAGAAUGGACUCCUGAUUCUGGUUUAGUGACCACUGCUUUCAAGAUUAAGCGAAAUAAGGUUCAAAAACACUAUCAAAACUCUAUUAAUAUGUUGUAUGGCAUUAAAGACAACGACUCG